UCAAAAUUCAGGAAGAAAAAGAAAUUAAAUAGACGAGCUGGUAGAAGCUAUUUAUAAAAAACAUUCAUUCAUUAAACAGUAGGUAGUAUUUAUCAGAAUCCCUUAUGAGGCUCAAAUAUCUGCUGGGUGGGAAGGUAAGCAUUCACUCCUAGCAUUAUGGAGUAAAUCUACAGCUUCCAUUGCCUGGUUAUUUGAGCACGUUUAGCGCGUUCCUGAUUUAUUUUGAACGGAUAUAAAUAUAAAUAUCAGAAGAAUCGGGAGAACUGUUCAAUUUAAUCAAAGAAUCUGUGGCGCAAUGGGACUCUGUUAACCCUUUGCCUUAGUUCCACACUUCCAGGUUUGCUACUGCUUUGCGAAUCAUCGAGAUUAUAGAAUAUAAUUGAAACGUUUAAAACUAUACCAGGCGAAGAUAAAAGUAAAUAGAUACAUACACGAUUAUGGCGGUAUUCUUUCUGAAGAUUCAAGCUGCUAUUAUAUUAGUUUGAUUGCAAUGAUUGGCCACAUCUUUCUCUUUAUCUUCUUGUUCUUGGACAGGCAGGUGGAUUCAUUUUCUCCCUGUUUGGAAAGGGGAAGUCCUACGGCAACUACUACCGUGGAAAACUUUUCAAUUAAAACACAUGAGUUGGGUCUUUACUCUACAAAUUCGUCAUUUUCAUUAGGUUUCGCAGGUAGGGAUUCAAAUCUUCUGAAGAGCCCUGGUCCAGAUAGGCUGUUUAUCAGUGGGCCUCAACCUCUCUUCUCAUAGAGAUUUCAUACUUGAAUUAUUGUUAAACUCUUGUUAAGUUCGUCCAUGGAGAAUUUAUCUGUUGAGCACUUCACAUUGGACGCUUCUUGCAAGGAUAUGCAGACCUCUUCUGAGACUGUUCAAAAUGAAGAAAAUCUUACUGCUACAUGUAAACAGCUCUGUUUGGAAUCAAGUCAGAGGUUUGAGGAUGUAUUUCUUGAGGAAGGAGCUGGAGAAGAAAUAUUGGAAUCAUCUGGCAAGAAGGAAUAUGAAGACAAACAGAAAGGAAUCCUGAAUAACAGUACGCGAGAAAAUUCAGAUGAUUUUUGGCUUUGUGCAAUUUGUCAUGAUAGAAUCAUGCUAGAGGAGAUUGCUCAGAUUAAAGGUUGUGAGCAUGCGUACUGUCUAAGUUGUAUCCUAAGAUGGGCUUCUUAUAAAGCGGACUGUUGGUGUCCUCAAUGCAAGCUUCCCUUUUCCUUCCUCUUUGUCUAUAAGGCAUUGGAUGGCAGUGUGCAUGAUUACAUGUCUGAGGAGAGUGUGUGCUUGCUCUUGAGAGCUGCUUGGUUCAAGCCUGUUCCAAUUGAAUUUAAGGAGGUGGUUGAAGAGAAUGAUGAUUGGCAAUAUGAAGAUGAUAUUUAUGAUGAACACUAUUAUACAUCGAAUUUGCGGCUGGGUAAUCGACGCUGGGGUGAUAAUGGCUAUGUUCGGGCAGGUCGAAAAGAAGCCAGGCCUGUAGGAGUUUCCCAAGUUCAUAAUUAUAAGGAUGACACGGGUAGCUCAUCUACAAGGCCAAAAAAAGGAAAAGAAAUUUCCAAAGAUGCAACAGGUCGGCGAGCAAAGAGAGCACUAAAGCGGGAAGCUGCAGACAAGGCAGCUGCAGCACGACAUCAGCAACACUUGCAUAGGCUAGGGCGUAACUAAAUUACUUACAAGAUGUGCAUACAGAAGAUGUUUGUGUUUAUUUCUGGAGUGUUUUUAACCUUUUUUUAAGUACAUGCAUCUAGAUAAGCUCGUAAUUACUAGUGGACAAACUGGAAAAUACAUUGCUUGGUUCUCAUGGGUCACAUGAAAACAUAUAAUCACAUCCCGUUUUUAACCUUUUGUUAAGUACAUGCAUCUAGAUAAGCUCGUAAUUACUAGUGGACAAACUGGAAAAUACAUUGCUUGGUUCUCAUGGGUCACAUAUGAAAACAUAUAAUCACAUCCUGUUUAUAAAUUCACCUACAUUUUAAGCAUUUUCUAUUUUAGACAA